AUGCUCCCCAUUGGCCCCCCCCCGACCCCAUUGACCCCAUUCUCCUUUCCCCCCCCCUCCCAGACCUCCUGGUGGGCGCCUUCGGGGUGGACACGGCCGUGGUGUUCAGGGGCCGCCCCAUUGUCCACGCCAGCGCCGUGCUCAGCAUCGCCCCCACCAUGGUGAACCCCGAGGAGCGAGGCUGCGUCCUGGACAGCGGCACUCACGUGGCCUGCAUCAACGUCAGCUUCUGCCUCAACGCCUCUGGGCGCCACCUCCCCCGCUCCAUUGGGUUCUCGGUGGAGCUGAGCGUGGACACGGCCAAGGGGGGGGGCUCCCGGCGGGCGCUGCUGCUGCCGGGGGGGGUCCCCACGCGCAGCCUCACCCUGCCCGUGCCCAAUGGCAGCGGAGCCCGGUGCCACAGCGCGGCCCUGUUCCUGCGGAAUGAGUCCGAGUUCCGGGACAAGCUCUCUCCCAUCGCCGUGGGGCUCAGCUUCGCCCUGGACCCACGGGCGCCCCCCGAUGCCCAUGGGCUGCACCCGGUGCUGGCGGCGCAGACACGCACCCACCUGGAGGCAAAGGCUCACAUCCAGCUGGACUGUGGUGAGGACAAUGUGUGUGUGCCCGACCUGCACCUGGAGGCCUUUGCUGACCGCCGCGCCGUGUACCUGGGGGACCGGAACAGCCUGAACCUCACCUUCCAUGCCCGGAACCAGGGCGAGGGGGGGGCCUACGAGGCCGAGCUCCACGUGCGGCCCCCCCCACACGCCCAGUACACGGGGGUGCUGCACCCACAUGGGAACUUCUCUGCCCUCAGCUGUGAGCUGGGGGGGGGCAACGGCUCCGGGGCCCUCAUCUGCGACCUGGGGAACCCCAUGAAGGCCGGGGCCAGCAUCUGGGGGGGGCUGCGCUUCACCAUCCCCCACCUGAGCGACAGCAGCAAAAGCAUCCGCUUCGAGCUGCAGAUCCGCAG